AUGGCUGGCAAAGGAGCCUCUCGCCGCAACAACAUCAGGAAAGCACAAGCAAAGCAAGCCAUGAAGAGGGCCGCGAAAAAGGCUUCCGCUGCAGCACAGGCUGAUCCAAAGGCCGAAAUAGCAAUACCAAAUGUCACAGAGGACCAUCUUCUAGCGUUUCAAAUGUCUCACUUCAGCGACGACGUUAUGCCCGCGGCAUGGUUCAUUGACCCCGACACUGCCUUGAGCUACGAUCCAGCAGAAGAAGGUAACGGGGUGCAAGACUACGAAGAGGACCUGGGGUAUUACGAAGAUGGUGUGAAGCGCACCCUCACCGACGAGCAGAUCAAGAUGUUCAGGCACAGCGAGGUUCAGCAAUUUGAGCGGGAGAAGAGACGGAAAGAAGAGGCUAAGGAAGCAGGCGAGGUGGACUCUGGAGCUCAGGCAUUGAAGGUUCAUUCAAGACCGGAGGAGAGAAUACCUUCGUCAACCAGUCGGAGCAACAGCAAACCAUCCGUUGGAGCGACCCGGAAACGGAAGGAAGAAGUGCCAUACGCAGAACGCCACAAGCGAAAGUGGGAGGCUUACGUUGAAAAGGAGGAUCCAGUGGAAGGCUCAAUGACACAGAAUCGUCUACGAAGAGAGCUGGACAAUCAAAAAGCAGAGGCCGUCGAGCUCGAUUACUGA